AUGCUCGUAUUGCGCAUCUCCUCGUCUGAUUUCUCAUCGCCCCUCAGUCAAACCCAUAUUGCUCGUCCUUCUCCGUGGCCUGAAGUUUACCGCACUAUUACAACUCCGACAUCCCAUGUUCAUGAGAAAUCGACCUCAGUCCACGCCAAUAGAGUGGCUGAGUCGCCUGUCACGUUGCUCAGAGAAUCAGCCCACGCACUAUUCCCAGAUACCUCUGCGGGGCAAGAUGGACCUGGUGGCGAUACUGUCGUCUCCGAGAUAGGUGAUGCAGCAUCAAGAGACGGGCUCAGUGGCCUGAACCUGCACACAAAUGGAACCGAGUUCUACGGCAACUCAUCAAAUCUAGCAUUUUUAGGUAACCUCUUUGCAAGAGCUCAAAAUCAAAUUGAGAGUCGUGCCUCGGAUCAGAUGGAAAGCCAAAGUGCAGACAUCGCGCAGACGCCAUCGGCAACUAAACUACAGGCUUCUUCCCCCACGAGAUCUAUGUCUGGGAAACAGCAGCUUUCUAUCGUGAACCUGCUUUACAAUGCGGAUUAUACAGGUCAUUUGUCACCACAAUCUUAUGAUGGUGUGGAAGCUAGACCGUCUAAAGGUCAAGGGCAUGCCGAGGAGCCGAGGAGUGACGUAGAGAUUAUGAGCACAGAUCGAGAAGUUGGUCUAGGCUACGAAUUCUUCCAAAUGACUCCCAAAGCCCAACUCGAGAUUGAAAAGAUCUUCAUUGGAAGCUUCUUCUCCAAUAAGCACUAUAUCCACCCAAUCUUGUCCAAACAUGCAUUCAUGCGACGUUGUGAGCAGGAAGCAUGGCCUCUGUCAAGACGCCUGGGUCUUUUCCGUGGAGCUACCAAAUUUGGAGGUCUUUACUUUGCAGUGAUUGCAUUAGGGGCUAUCAAUGCUAGCCCAAACGAGACUGCUCUCCUUGAUCAUUUCUGUCAGCAGCGAGUUGUUUCAGAAAUUCUUCAUUUUCAAGGCGCGAAGUUUUCGUCUUUGAAUUUUGCAAAGUUCUACUUUGGUGCUGCUAGGCAGGCUCUAGGUGACUUCAUGGAGAGUAGCUGUUUGGAAACUGCACAGGCUCUAUUGUUAAUGAGUGUGUUCCGGCAGAAUUCUUUACAGCCUCAUAGCUGCUAUAUGUAUAGUGGAAUGGCAGUUCGAACGGCUGCGGCUAUUGGAUUGGCUUCCAGCAUGUCAUCGCUACCUCCCUCUGCACGACGUGAAGCGAAGCGAACAUGGUGGUGUAUUUUUUCUCAUGAGACCGAGAUGUGCUGCUCAUCGGGACGACUCGACAGCAUGAAAGAGCUUCAUAAUUAUCAAGUUUCGCAGCCAAAACUCAAGGCUAAUGUGGGGGACCACGAUCCAGACGGCGAGGACAAUGAUAUAGCAAUGAUCCCUGUGAUGGUUUCUUUGGCUCAGAUCAUGUCAGAAGCAUCUCAUCAACUCUAUCACUCCGCCCACCGCUCGAUGAUGGAUAAGUCUCAUCUAGCAAUGGGCCUGGACGCCCGACUCCUUCAAUGGAAAGCAAACAUCCCAAGCUUCCUGAAUCCUGACACAUACGCCUUAAACGACCCAGAAUGGGCAUUCAAACAGAAGCUAGUCUUGCGAUUAAGGUACUACAACACCCGCAUCCUGAUCCACAGACCUUUCCUCGUCGCCUCAACGGCAAACGUCGAAUCAAAUGAAUUCCUUCAACAUCUCCACAUAUGCCUUGGCGCAGCUCGAACGAGUAUCCAAAUGCAGUAUGAAUCAUUCAUGCACCGCAUCUACAUUCGGACGUGGUGGUAUAACACCACCUACGCCCUCUAUGGUUCGAUGAUCCUACUGCAUCUCAUCCUCUCCAAUUUCCCAGGUCUACCAAACGACGAGCUUCUCGAAGAUGUUGAAAAAUCCCUCGAGAUAUUUGCAUCCAUGGAUGACAUCAUCGUGGCUCGCCGGUGUGCAGAGAUGCUUCGUGAAGUCCUUGAGGUCGCGCGUGCGUGUCUUAAACGUCGUCAUGGUGAUCCUUCGUCUAUGCAGAAUACGAUUCAAUCUGAGACCCGACCCCGUAGUGGGAGUUUGGGACUUCAGCCACUUGGUGCGCCCGCUACAUCAUCUUUGGCAUCAUCGAGUCUACCGUUCGAUCCUGUGGCUUCACUCUCUGGCACUGCUGUGCCAGGGACAAGAGCAAAUGAGUCUCAAUCAGCGUCAGGUCUCGUCUCUUCGGAAAAUACACUUCUUCUUGGCAGUUCGGCCUCGGCGUUGGGUCCUCAUGAUCUAGGACAAGCUACGCAUCUUGAUGACGAGGACUUCUUUUUCUCGCUUUUCAGCCAAGGACCUGAGCAGCAGGCUGAUACUACGAGGACAGAGAUGUUGGCGAACCUGGUUGAUCCUUCUAUUCUUGAGAAUUUUGCAUUUGGUGGACAGGACUUUUCCUUUUUCUAG